UCAAAAUCAUGGCGUCCCUCAACUUCCGCGCCCCACCCCUACUCUCUCUCUAACCUCUCCAUUCUCUCUCUCUCUCUCCUCUCGAUCUCUCGCUUUGCAUGCAUCGCGACCCGUCCCGCCAUUGACCGUUGCACCGAUCGAUCGAUCGAUCAACUCCGGCGGCAAGAAUGGAUAGGAUCCCGCCGCAGAAGUCGAGCAGCUUCUCGCCGGCGACGUUCCGGGAGGAGAGGCUCGGCCGGAACCUCUCCCUCGGCGCCAUCAAGAUCAGCGAGCAUGCCCCCGCUGUGCGCGUCAAGGAGGAGGCCGAGGAAGGUCGCGGCGGCGUCGACAAUGCCGGCGCCGGCGAGGGCGAGGGUGCUGCCGGAGAGGAGGCGGCGCCGCCCGAGGAGGCCGCGGAGCCGGACCUAGCCAUGCUGUCGGCGGAGGUGGACGCGUUCCUCGCCGGGAGGGAGGGCGACGCGCCGACGAGCAUCUCGGAGGUGACGCUCGACAAGUUCGCGUCCGCCGUCGAGCAGGAGAUGGCGCAGUCGGAAGGCGACGACGAUAAGUGGGCGGUGGGCGAGAAUGGCGAGGCGGCGCCGCUCCUCGCCGCGAUCAGGCGCAUCUCCGCGCUGGCGGCGGCGCUCACCGCGGUCCCCGAGGGGAGCAAGUUCACCAUCGGGGUGCACCGCGUCACCGGCGUGCUCCACCGCGCCAUGGCGUUCGUCGAGGACGAGUUCCACACGAUGCUCGAGGACCCCCGCGUCGCCAAGGCGGCGCAGAACGGCGACACGAGGAGCGCCACCGGCAAGUCCAUGAGGCGUGGCCCGUCGUUCAACCAUGCGGGUGGCGAUCCCGCGUCGGACGGCGGCGGCGGCGGCGGCGGCGGUGGAGACACCCCCCCGCCGUUCCCACCCGAGACCGUGGACCGGCUCCGCGCCAUGGCGGACGCCAUGAUCGCCGUGGGGUACAUGACGGAGUGCACCCAGGUGUUCCUGGUGGCUCGCCGGAACGCGCUGGACGCGUCGCUGCAGAACCUCGGGUACGAGAAGGCGAGCAUCGACGACGUGGUGAGGAUGGCGUGGGAGUCGCUGGAGUCGGACGUGGCGACGUGGAUCAAGGCGUUCCACCACACCAUCAACGUCGGCCUCUCCGCCGAGCACGACCUCUGCGCCCGCGUGUUCGCCGGCUGCGACGCCGCCGUCGGCCGCGCCAUCUUCGUCGACCUCGCCCGCUGCGCCAUGCUCCAGAUGCUCAACUUCACCGAGGCCGUCGCCAUGACGAAGCGCGCCGCCGAGAAGCUCUUCAAGGUGCUCGACAUGUACGAGGCCGUCCGCGACGCCGCCCCCGUCAUCGACGCCUUCAUCGCCGCCUGCUCCACCACCGACGCCGCCGCCGACGAACCCGACACCACCACCGACGCCCUCACCGACAUAAAAACCGAGCUCGCCUCCGUCCGUUCCCGCCUCGGCGAGUCCGCCGCCGCCAUCUUCUGCGACCUGGAGAGCUCCAUCCGCGCCGACGCCGGCAAGCAACCGGUCCCGGGCGGCGCGGUGCACCCACUCACCCGCUACCUAAUGAACUACCUCAAGUACGCAUGCGAGUACAAGAACACCCUAGAGCAAGUCUUCCAUGAGCACCACCGCACCGACAUCGACGCCGACGACGAGGGCAGCGACCCGUUCGCGGCGCAGCUGAUGGAGGUGAUGGAGCUCCUCCACGACAAUCUAGAAGCCAAAUCCCGACUCUACAAGGACCCGGCGCUCUGCAGCAUCUUCCUGAUGAACAACGGCCGGUACAUGCUGCAGAAGAUCCGGGGAUCGCCGGAGAUCAACGCGGUGGUCGGCGAGGCGUGGUCGAGGAAGCGGUCGACGGACCUGAGGCAGUACCACAAGAACUACCAGCGGGAGACGUGGAGCCGCGUGCUGACGCUGCUCCGCGACGACGGGGUGAUCACGGUGAAGGGGUCGGUGCAGAAGCCGGUGCUCAAGGAGAGGUUCAAGCAAUUCAACGCAGCCAUGGACGAGAUCCAGAGGACGCAGGGCGCGUGGGUGGUGAGCGACGAGCAGCUGCAGUCGGAGCUCAGGGUGUCGAUCGCCGCCGUCGUCGUGCCGGCGUACAGGUCGUUCCUGGGGAGGUUCUCGCAGAGCUUCAGCGCCGGGAGGCAGGCGGAGAAGUACAUCAAGCUCUCCGCCGAGGACCUCGAGGCCAUCAUCGACGAGCUCUUCGACGGCAACGCCGUAUCCAUGCCAAGAAGGAGAAAUUGAAAUUGAUUUGAUUUGAUUGGUUAAGCUAGCCAUAAAUCCUGAUAUGAUGAUUAAUUGACACACGCUGUUGCAUCCAUCCAUCCAUCGAGUGAGGAAAAAAAAACUCGCUCGUUAAUUCUUGCAGUUGAAUAUUUGAGCAAUAUAUGAACUUGUAUUAUUAUUAUUUCUUGUUGAUUAAUUUUUUGUUUGGUAAAUUA